UCAAUAUCAGCUGGAGGACCAGGAACGGUGGCCACCGGAGGGUUCGAUUAAUUAUAAUACGAUCCUCCAACUUCUUUUAUUUUGUCAACGAACUAAUAAAUGGAAUGAGCAUAUGUAUGGUCAGAUAUUUAUGUCAUUAUGGAAUAGAACGGAUAUUUUGAAGCAGUGUAAUUUGAUUCCAACAGGUUUAGGAAAGAGUUGUGAAAACGUUCUAAACUCCACUGUAAUAGCAGGAGCGGGGUCCCAUUCGGCCACAGCACCCCCACCGUAUGGUGACAAAGUCCCCACAGCCCCACCAAUUGAGCCCUCUACAGGUUUGUACCCUUUAAUUACUGAAACGCGAAUCACUCGCAAUGCUACGGGUACUCAGGAGGCAACUACUAUGCAGGUGUAUUCUCAUGUUCCUUUUAACCCUGUGGAUUUAGCGGCUUUUAAAGCACAGGCAGGGGAAUUCUCUACCAACCCCUCUCGAUUCAUUUCAGUUUUUGAAGGUUGUCUGGUUAGUCAUAAACCUGACUGGGAUGACUGCCAGGUACUUCUGCGAACACUCCUUUCUGAAGUAGAGCGGAACCAAGUUUUAGCUAAGGCACGGGCAGAGGCAGAAAGAAGACAUGAACAGGAUCCAGCUACCUAUAAGGAGGCAAAAGAUCAGGUCCCUUUUACUGACCCCCAGUGGAACCCUAAUAAGCCUGAAGGUAUGGGUCCUUUAACUAAUUACAAAGAACUGUUGUUGUUUGGCUUACGUCACUCCGCAGUUCGCCAUAACAACUGGGCAAAGCCUUAUGAGAUAGUACAGGAGCCAAAGGAGAGUCCGGUAGCCUUCCUACAGCGUAUCCGGGACGCAAUUAGACAGCAUACAACAGCCAACCCUGAGAGUCCGGAGAUUGAGGCAGUCAUAAAGGGUAUUUUCACCAGUCGGGCUGCCCCAGAUAUUAAAAGAAAAUUACAAAAGAAGGAAGAUCUCAUGGGAAUGACUAUGGCUCAGAUCCUGGAAACAGCUAACAAGGCUUACAGUCUUCGGGAUGUAGAGAAGGAGAAGAGGCAGGUAUGUGAGGGAUUCUCAGCCACUCCCCUUGGACGCACCUGUUCAUUCCCUACAGCCUGGUAA